UGCGCAUGCCCACUGAGCCAGUCUCUGUGACCACAGACUUCCGCUGACAGGCUGCUGUCACACAGCCACCAUGUUAUCCCAUUCCCGGUGUCUCACCAGGAAUUUCGGCCGUUCCCUCUCUGCCAUCCGCCAGGGGAAUAAUGUGUUAGCUCGUCGGGCCACUACAGCUCUAUCCGUUAACCCGUCUGUCACUCUCGACUACCACAUAAAAACUGAUCCCCGGUCCAGCGUCUUCCAAAUCCAGUACUUCAGGACCUCUGUAGCCUACAGGGAUGAAGUCGUCACAGUUAAGACCCCUGCAUUCGCAGAAUCUGUCACAGAGGGGGACGUGAGGUGGGAAAAAGCUGUUGGAGACAGCGUCUCAGAAGAUGAGGUGGUGUGUGAGAUUGAGACUGAUAAGACAUCAGUGCAGGUUCCCUCUCCUGCUUCUGGAGUGAUUGAGGAGCUGCUGAUCCCCGAUGGAGGGAAAGUUGAGGGAGGAACUCCGCUCUUUAAGCUUAGAAAAGGAGCUGUUGCUCCAAAAGCUGCAGAAGCUCCAAAAGCCGAAGCCCCAGCCGCUGCAGCACCCCCACCACCUUCUGCUGCUCCUCCUCCCCCUCCCCCACCCUCAGCUGUGGGCCCCAUUCCCACCACUAUGCCCCCUGUGCCACCUGUGCCAGCACAUGCUAUAGACAGCAAACCAGUGUCAGCCAUUAAGCCCACUGCUGCCCGGGCUGCUCCAGCAGCUCCAGCUGAGGCAAGUGCAAAAGGAGCCAGGACAGAGAGCAGGGUCAAGAUGAACCGCAUGAGACUGAGAAUUGCCCAGAGACUGAAGGAAGCCCAAAACACCUGCGCUAUGUUGACUACGUUUAAUGAGGUCGACAUGAGCAACAUCACAGAGUUGAGGAAGACGUACAAAGAUGCUUUCCUGAAGAAGCACAACAUGAAGUUGGGCUUCAUGUCUGCUUUCGUGAAGGCUGCUGCCUAUGCCCUGUCCGACCAACCUGCUGUAAAUGCGGUAAUUGAUGACACAACCAAAGAGAUUGUGUACAGGGACUAUGUGGACAUUAGCGUGGCUGUGGCUACACCAAAGGGUCUGGUGGUUCCUGUAAUCCGAAACGCAGAGGGAAUGAAUUUUGCUGAUAUUGAGAAGGCCAUCAAUUUGUUGGGCGAGAAGGCUCGUAAAAAUGAGCUGGCUGUUGAGGACAUGGACGGAGGAACCUUCACCAUCAGUAACGGCGGCGUGUUUGGGUCCAUGUUUGGCACACCUAUAAUUAACCCACCGCAGUCUGCUAUUUUAGGCAUGCAUGGCAUCUUUGACAGGCCGGUGGCAAUUGGUGGCAAGGUGGAGAUCCGUCCCAUGAUGUAUGUUGCCCUGACAUAUGACCAUCGCCUGAUCGAUGGAAGAGAGGCGGUCACUUUCCUGCGCAAGAUCAAGUCGGUGGUUGAGGACCCCAGGGUGCUGCUCCUCGACAUGUGAGCCCUCGUGAACUCCAGGCCCAACCAAACAAACCACACAAACAGUGGCCGUACUCACCUGAUGAACAUUACCGUAACUGCAGUUGAUGUAUUGUUGUAUUGGUUAAGUAGAGAAAAAAAAAGGAUUUUUGGGGAACAGUUUGGUUGUGCACUGGACAUUUGUAAGACUGGCAGUGCUCAGAGGUUUAGUUCUGAUGUUGGGAAAUGUUAGACUCUGGAGUCUCUGUGGUGCUGGUCCCUAGAUCAAAACAGAGGAUAUUCUAUAACUUGUGCGCCAUAUGUCAUUUUCUACACUCAAGCAGAAAAAUAUUGUAUAAGAUGAAAAGUAAACAAACUGCAUAGUAUCAUUUCAUUAUUUUGGAGGCAGAGAAGAACAAUGAGCACAUAUGCAGCCAUAAACCAAGAAACACUAUGUUCUAAAAUGUCCAAAGUGAAGAAACCCUCUGAGAGAAUUUAUGUCAUCUGUUUUACAACGAGGAGAUUCUCUAUAUGCUGUGUAAGAAAGACUAUUUAAGAAAAAAGAAAGUUUUAAACAAUAAAAGCUGCAUUACUCGACUGCA